AAAUUAUGGCUAUAUAUAUAUUCAUGCUGGUAGAAAUUCCUACCAAUCUUGCAGUAGAAAUCUAGCCUACAUGUAUUCAUGGUACUAGAAAUUCCACCAAUUUUGCAAUUUAUAGAUGGAAAAAACAACAAAGGUUCCAGCUAGAUGGGAUGCAUUUGCAGCCAAAGUAUUCAACGAAAUAUGUGUAGAAGAAGUCCUUGCCCAUAACAGGCCACAACAUUGCUUGAAUUCUGUGGGUUAUGCUAAUUUGGUGAAGAAGUUCUUUGAUCGAACAAAAAGACCGUACACCCAAGACCAAAUGAAGAACAGAUGGGAUGUUCUAAAGAAGAAAUACAGUCAGUGGAAGACCUUGAACAUGAGAGCCACGGGAUUGGGUAGAGAUCCUGUUACUGGAUGUAUUUCAGCCUCAGAUGAGUGGUGGGCUGACCAAAAUGCGGCUAUGCCAGGAUGUAUAUCAUUCAAAAAUUCAGUUCUUGAGCAUGAGGACAUGAUGCGCAUAAUGUUUGAAGCAAUUAGUGUUGAAGGAUUGAAGGUAUCAUGUGCCUGAAUGGCAGCAUGGCCGCCACCCAGUGGGAUUGAAGGAGGUGUUCAACUAUCAUCAUGCAUCCCUUAGAAAUGUGAUUGAGCGCUCAUUUGGAGUUCUCAAGAUGAAGUGGCGCAUUCUCUUGAAAGUACCUAGCUUUCCAGUUAAUAAGCAGUCUCAGAUUAUAGUUGCUUGUAUGGCUCUUCAUAACUUCAUUAGAGAAGCUGACAUAAAUGAUGAACAUUUCAUAACCUAUGUGGAUGACAUUCCUGACGAAGACCCUUCAGAAGAUGAUAGCCUAAUGGGGGAUGAUAUAGAUAUGUGUGCCUUCCGUGAUGUACUUGCUUCGGCUUUGGUUGGUUGAUUUAUUAUUGUAAUUUUUAGUAUUUUGUAGCAUUUUCAAUGGAUCAAAUGAGAGUUAAUUUGACUUCUAUUGUACUUUA